GGUACCGACGUCAGCCCACACUCAACUUGACUGAAGUUAAAUACUGUCUAGACCACGUGAUUGCAAAAUACCAGUUUACAGUAUAGUUUACAGUAAGAGAUGUCACUUUUUAGGUGGCCGAUUAGACAAAUUCUAAUAUUACUUCAAAUCUAAACUCUGAGAAAUAUUGACAGAGGGAUUUUACCUGUCAGUAUUCUGCAUCGUAUUUAUUCUUUAUAACUUGCACAAAGGUCGGUCUGUCUGCGUGGUAACUUUUCCUUAUUGCUGACAAAAUGUUUUGGUUCUGGGAGGGAAUAUGCUUUUUACCAACUUUUUUGGUCAUCUGGUCAUCAAGCACGUUUAUUGUUUCCUACCUAAUUGCAUUGUUCGAGCAUGAUGUGGAUGUUAUCUUCCCCUAUAUAAGUGACACUGGGGCGGAACCCCCAGAGAGCUGUGUCUUUGGCUUGAUGACGGUCAUCACUGCAUUUGCAGGUACAGCCACCAUGUAUGCCAGAUACAAGUUUGUGGAGAAGCUCAAUGAGAAGGCGGGUGGUGUGCCCCCAGCACUGAACCAGGCUGCUUUCUGGAUUGGAAUGCUUUCUUGUUUGGGGAUGUGUUUUGUCGCUACUUUCCAGGAGACAACGAUUACGACAGUUCAUGAUGCAGGUGCAUUACUCUUCUUUGUGUCUGGUGUUCUGUACACCAUCCUCCAGUCCAUCAUAUCCUAUAAGGCCUUCCCCUAUGGAUGUUCAUUGGCCUUGUGUCGUAUGCGCACAGGAAUUGCAACCAUCGCCUUCCUGGCAGUUUUCCCCACUGUUGUCUGUGCUGUCUUCGUGACACAAACCACACUGCAUAGAAAAACAGAAGACGAGGACUAUGUGUUCCAUCUGGUGAGUGCUGUGAGUGAGUGGAUCGUGGCCUUCAGCUUCAUCUUCUUCUUCUUCACCUACAUCCACGACUUUAAAAAGUUUACUCUGAAGCUGAGAACACAGUUUGUGGACUAUUCCUGAUGAAGCAUUGAUUUGAACCUUUUGAAUAUUUACCAAAUCAAAUUUAUUUUUUCUACUUUUAUAAAGCAAAUGUAUAUGA